GGGUGUUUUUAGUACAAAACUCAUACGUCACAGUGUUUGGCAUCGUGUUUAGGAUUUAUCAAUUUUCCACGAUUUUUCGUGGAAAUACUUUAUUUUACGUGUUGAAACACCCUGGUUAAGGUGCAAAGAUGUUUAUUCUAUACGAGACACCUGCAGGAUAUGCUAUCUUCAAGCUCCUGGACGAGAAGAAGCUGAAAGAAGUGGACAAUCUCUAUCUGGAAUUCCAGACUCCGGAAAAAGCGAAUAGUUUGGUGAAAUUGAAGCAUUUCCAGAAGUUUACAGACACAACAGAAGCCCUAGCAGCUGCUACGGCUACAGUUGAGGGCAAAGUAUCGAAGCCAUUGAAGAAGACUUUGAAGAAAUUAGUUAACGAAGAUGUCCAGAAUAAACUUCUGGUGGCCGAUGCUAAACUGGGCAAUGCCAUUAAAGACAAAUUGGCACUGCAAUGUGUGUCAAAUUCGGCUGUCCAGGAGCUCCUCCGGUGCAUCCGGACACAGUCUGAGGCAUUGCUCUCGGGAUUGCCUAAGAAAGAAAUGACCGCAAUGGCUUUGGGUUUGGCCCAUUCCCUUUCUCGGUACAAACUCAAAUUUUCCCCUGACAAAAUUGACACAAUGAUCGUUCAGGCUCAGUGUUUGCUUGAGGAUCUGGACAAGGAGCUCAAUAAUUACAUGAUGAGGGCGAGGGAAUGGUAUGGAUGGCAUUUUCCGGAAUUGGGGAAAAUUGUCACGGACAAUAUUGCCUUUGUCAAGACAGUUAAACUCGUGGGAAUGCGCGAGAAUAUGAUCAAUACAGAUCUCUCUGACAUCCUUCCGGAGGAUGUGGAGGAGAAAGUGAAGGAAGCUGCAGAGAUAAGUAUGGGAACGGAGAUUUCCGAGGAGGAUAUCCUCAAUAUCCAGCAACUCUGUGACGAAAUUAUCGCCAUCAACGACUACAGAACGCAUCUGUUUGAUUAUCUCAAAACCCGAAUGAUUGCCAUUGCUCCUAACCUCACAAUUCUCGUUGGAGAGUCCAUUGGUGCCAGGUUGAUCUCCCAUGCGGGAUCCCUGGUCAAUCUGGCCAAGCAUCCGGCGUCAACAGUUCAGAUUCUGGGCGCUGAGAAGGCUCUCUUUAGAGCUCUCAAGGCCAAAAAGGACACGCCCAAGUACGGGCUGAUCUACCAUGCCCAACUCGUUGGGCAGGCCAGUACCAAGAACAAAGGGAAGAUCUCCAGGUCGCUGGCUGCAAAAGCUGCCCUUGCAACAAGGGUUGAUGCUUUCGGGGAGGAUGUCAAUAUUGAAUUGGGGGCAGAGCAUAAAGUCAAGUUGGAGUCUCGUCUGAAGUUCCUGGAGCAGGGAAGUCUCCGGAAGUUGUCGGGGACGGGCAAAGCCAAGGCAAAAUUCGAAAAGUAUCAGGGAAAGAGUGAGAUAGUGACGUAUGAAUCGGCAUACGACAAUACACUUCCGUCGAGUAGCAAGAAGAGGAAACACUCGGAGAGCGCCGGUGAGACGCCCAAGAAGACGCUCAUCGAGGAGAUAAAGACGGAAGUGAAGGAGGAAGAGGAAGAAGGUGCAGAAGCACAGAAAGUUCCGAAGAAGAAGAAGAAAAAGAAGAAGGUGACGGAGGAGGAGGAGGAGGAAGCUCCAGCUGCAAAGAAGGUUAAAGUGGAGGAGGAAGCUGAGGAGCCAGCUGCUGAGGAGGUGACGACGGAGAAGAAGAAAAAGAAAAAGAAGAAAAAGGCGCAGGAGGGGGAUGAAUAGAUUGUUUUUGGGAGGGAGAGAGAAUAAAGUUGGAAAUUAUGCAAAAUUACCGUCAUAUUUUAAAUGGUAAAACGUUCAGAGGAUGAAAAAUAUAAAUUUGGGCCGAAAAUGAAUCAAGGAGGAACAAUAAAGAAAAUGAAAAUUGUC